UCCGCUCGCCGGGACACGCCGGACGUGGCGUCACGGGCGCCGGAGGCCGCCGGGAGCCGGGCCGGAGGUGACGCCGGGCGGAAGCGGGGCUGGGGGCGGGCCAUGGAGGCGGUGGCGGAGGAGCAGCGGCAGCAGCUGCGCAGCCUGCGGGACUUCCUGCUGGUGUACAACCGCAUGACCGAGCUGUGCUUCCGGCGCUGUGUCUGUAACCUCAACUACCGGCUGCUCACCGGGCGCGAGGAAUCCUGCCUUGACAGCUGUGCCUCCAAGCUGGUGCACUCCAACCACCGCCUCAUGCGCUCCUACGUGGCGCUGAUGCCGGGCAUCCUGCAGCGCCGGGCGGCCGAUGCAGCAUCCCAAGACCCAGCACUUCCCGCAGCCCCCCCCGACCCCGCAGCGGCUCCCACAGCGGGCACGUAGCAGGUGGGUAGCACCAGGAUGGAUCCGGCACCGGGAU